GCAGGACAACAAACCAAGGAGUCGAUAUGCUGUGAAUGGCUCUGGUGACACCACRGAAGAUCAAGAUGGGGACUCCAGAGACCAAUGUCCUCUAACUGAUGAGCAAUUGGUUUCAGGGUUUUCAGAUGUCAUCCUGGCAACAAUUUUGGCUACCAAGUCAGAUAUGUGUGGCAAAAAGUUUGAACUGAAGAUUGAUAAUGUUCGCUUUGUUGGCCAUCCCACGUUGCUGCAGCAUGCCCUYGGGCAGGUAUCCAAAACUGACCCCUCACCAAAGAGAGAGAUGCCCACCAUGAUUCUGUUCAACGUGGUGUUUGCACUAAGGGCCAACGCGGAUCCGUCCGUGAUCAACUGCCUGCACAACCUGUCCCGGAGGAUCGCCAUCGUCCUGCAGCACGAGGAGCGCCGCUGCCAGUACCUCACCAGGGAGGCCAAGCUCAUCCUGGCCAUCCAGGACGAGGUGUCUGCCAUGUCAGAGACCACAGAAGGGCCCCARUCACCUUUUCAUCACAUCCUACCCAAGUGCAAACUGGCCAGAGAUCUCAAAGAGACGUACGACAGUCUCUGCACCACAGGGGUGGUUCGCUUACACAUCAACAACUGGCURGAAGUGAGUUUCUGCCUGCCUCACAAAAUCCACUAUGUUGCCACCAACUUCAUACCCCCAGAAGCGAUUGAGAAGAGCCUGAAAUCUAUCAGGCCUUACCAUGCCUUAUUACUUUUAAAUGAUGAGAAGUCAUUGCUUAAUGAGCUCCCGUUGGACUGCUCUCCUGCCCUGGUGAGAGUAAUUAAAACUACCUCUGCUGUGAAGAAUUUGCAGCAACUGGCUCAAGAUGCUGACUUGGCAUUGCUGCAGGUUUUCCAGCUUGCUGCACAUCUUGUUUACUGGGGCAAAGCAAUUAUUAUUUAUCCUCUUUGUGAAAACAAUGUCUACAUGCUUUCUCCAAACGCCAGUGUCUGCCUUUACUCUCCCCUGGCAGAUGCCUUCUCCUGUCAGUUCCGGGGUCACAACCUGCCCUCCAUGCUGGCCAAGUUCUCCCUCCCGGUGUCGCUCUCCGAGUUCAAGAACCCGCUGGCACCGCCCGUCCAGGAGACCCAGCUCAUCCAGAUGGUGAUUUGGAUGCUCCAGCACCGGCUCCUGAUCCAGCUCCACACCUACGUGUGCCUGAUGGUGCCCCCGAAYGAGGAGGAGUUCCGAGCCCAGGAUGAAGACAUGCCCUUCACUGCCCGGGUUGGGGGACGAAGUUUGAGCACCCCCAACGCUCUCAGCUUUGGCUCUCCAACCAGCAGUGAUGACAUGACUCUGACAAGCCCUAGCAUGGAUAAUUCCAGUGCUGAGCUGAUACCUGGUGGGGACUCACCCCUAAAUAAGAGGAUGACAGAGAAUCUCCUGGCCAGCCUGUUGGAACACGAGCGGGAAGCCAUCCUGAAUGUCCCUGCUGCCCAGAAUCCAGAAGAUCUCCGCAUGUUUGCAAGGCUGCUGCACUACUUCCGAGGCCGGCACCACUUGGAGGAGAUCAUGUACAACGAGAACAUGCGGCGCUCCCAGCUGCUGAUGCUGUUUGACAAGUUCCGCAGCGUGCUGGUGGUCACCAGCCAYGAGGACCCCGUCAUCUCCGUGUUCCAGUCUCUCCUGAAGUGACUGCUGGCACAGGGACGGAGCCUGCCCUGCUCUCUGGCUGAGAGUCUAAAGGAUGCCUAAAACUGAAGGAGGUGGUUUCAGUUCCUUCUUGCCCGGUGGCACGCAGCAGGGUGUCSCUGUCCGUGCCUCGAUGUCCCUGCUGCUCCCUGAGACCCCAGGGCCUGCUGCAGGACAGCACUUGCUUGCUCAGCCUGGAUUCCUGCCCUGCCACGUUCACAGCCCUUCCCUGGCCCUGCUGCUCCCCAGGGAUCGUGGGAGUGACACGAGAGGGUUCUGUUGCAGCACUGCUGGCAGAUUGUCACCUUUGGGGGGACAUUGGUGCCUUGGGAGUGCUUCCCCUGCUCUCUAACACGGUGCAGGGACACUGAGCCCUGAGAGGCUGUCCCCGUGGCACAGAGUGCAUGGCCUUGCUCCAGGGCACAGGGGAGCUGGCCUGGCUCCCAGGGAAAUGACCCUGGCACCGAGGAAUUCUGUUUGAUGUCACAGCAGCGAGGACAGAGGUGGGAAGGCAAAGGAUCACAAGUAAACAGUUUCACAAAUGAAUGACUCGCUCACUGUGUCAUAGC